GGGUCGAGAGUGACAUUCAAGAUGGCGCGUGAACGCGCUAGUUCUGGUCUGCCUAUGAUGGAUGAUAGCUUAUUCGUAGGGCCGAGAAUUCCAGAUGAGAUAAAACGAAUGAUACCUCAUUUAACUUCAAUCGAUAAAGCUUUAUUCAGGAAGAUCUUGCAAGGUAGGAGAGAUCAGAAAUAUCGAUACACAUUCGGAGAUCGCCCAGUCAAACCGAUAACGUUUGGACUCAGUGUUUGGCAAGGAAUGAACUUUGUGCUACUUUGACACAAGUACACUUUGACUGUAUUAUAAAAUUAUAAAUCUUCGCUGUAGUAGGUUUCACUGAUUUCCAAAAUUACACGUAACUGUAGGCCUUUAGCCAAUGAGAAGACAAUCAAUGCUUUUUUUAUUAAACCUCCCCGCCUUAAUUUAUGAAACAUUUUUCAUCAUUGUAGCCCAAGAGCCCAAAGAAAACGAAAAAAAUCAUUGUUGUUCAGUAGAGCCGAAAUAAAAGUCUUAAGAUGGAAAUUAUCAUAAUAUUAUCAUUUUUUGCCCUCCACUCAUGACUCUGUUGCUACAUACCACAUACUGGAAUUGAAAGCAGAAGUGGAAGAAUAAAACAGUCAAAAUGCUUGUUGCCAUGCAUUGCAGCAAUCUGCAGUGAAAAAGUCAUAAGUGGAGUCAGAANCUGCCUAUGAUGGAUGAUAGCUUAUUCGUAGGGCCGAGAAUUCCAGAUGAGAUAAAACGAAUGAUACCUCAUUUAACUUCAAUCGAUAAAGCUUUAUUCAGGAAGAUCUUGCAAGGUAGGAGAGAUCAGAAAUAUCGAUACACAUUCGGAGAUCGCCCAGUCAAACCGAUAACGUUUGGACUCAGUGUUUGGCAAGGAAUGAACUUUGUGCUACUUUGACACAAGUACACUUUGACUGUAUUAUAAAAUUAUAAAUCUUCGCUGUAGUAGGUUCACUGAUUUCCAAAAUUACACGUAACUGUAGGCCUUUAGCCAAUGAGAAGACAAUCAUUGCUUUUUUUAUUAAGCCUCCCCGCCUUAAUUUAUGAAACAUUUUUCAUCAUUGUAGCCCAAGAGCCUAAAGAAAACGAAAAAAAUCAUUGUUGUUCAGUAGAGCCGAAAUAAAAGUCUUAAGAUGGAAAUUAUCAUAAUAUUAUCAUUUUUUGCCCUCCACUCAUGACUCUGUUGCUACAUACCACAUACUGGAAUUGAAAGCAGAAGUGGAAGAAUAAAACAGUCAAAAUGCUUGUUGCCAUGCAUUGCAGCAAUCUGCAGUGAAAAAGUCAUAAGUGGAGUCAGAAGAUAUUUCCUUUCAUUUUUCUAUUUUCAGUUAUUAUCUCAGUUUUUGAGGGAAAGGUUCCUGAUGAUGGAUUGCUUCAAGAGCUCCAGUCGGAUGCAGUAACUGAGGAAACAUUGUCUUCUUUGUAUGCUGGGCUGUACUGUCUCUUGCGUAGUGCACUGCGCCUUCCUCAAACUUCUCUUAAACCAGACCGUUUCAAGUCAGACCUCACAGAGCUCAAGUAAGCAUAUUAUUAUGGGUGGUGGUUAUGGCAAUUAGAAGUGGGCUGGGUGCAGUUAGGAGGAAAUAAAAUAAUAAUCAAAUUACUGACGUUAUGGCAGAUUUUUCAUAUGCAGGUGUAUGCAUGAAUAUUAGUGGACCUUGACAUUCAUUCUUGUUAUAUAGAGGAUAUUACAUGGCCGCACGGAGAUACGAAAUUUCUCUUUGAGUGUUGAAAAAUAUUGCACAGCGAACGAGUGAAGUAUUUUGUCAACACAAGAAGAAAAAUUUUGCAUUUCCAAGCGGCCAUGUAAUAUUCUAUUUAUUAUAUAAACACCAUUGAACUACCAAACCAUUUCACUUUAAUAGUUUUUUGGUGUGAAAGGCGCGCUUUAUUAUGUAGCCAUACCAACGGUGAUAUUUUCACAUGUGAAGAUAACGUGUUAUUUUCACAUGUGAAGAUACCAAGUUUUCGUGCCAAAGCUCAUCUGGUAUUUCAUUGGUAUUUUUAUAAAAAAUUGCAAUAUUCACAUGGAGUGGAUGUAGCAAAUUAUUCCAGCUCUUGUGAUAAAAGGUCUGAGAAGUAGUUUCAGGAUUCUAAUAUUUAGGAGAGAUUUCAGUCACUCCCAAAAUUGUCAGAACUGAAAAACAGUUUGCAAGAUGUGCCUUGAUGUCAGUGUCAAUUAUCAUUUUUAUUAUUUUAUCCAGUGUUUUCCAGUUUAACAUUCAUUGAAUUUGCCUUUCUAACAGGAUUCUUUUUGUCAUAUUAUUGUUGUCCUUUGCAGGGUUCCUGGGGAACUAAUUCCUGAUUUAUCAAGCAUUGUGUUUGGAGAAAAGCAAGUAUCUCUGUCCAUAAAAUUGUCCUUAUUAUUGUUUGUGUUUUGUUGUUUUUCAGUAACAAUCAAGACAGUGAAGACAUAAGACUGUUUAUUUUAUUCAUUCAAUUUUUUAAAGUGCUCAACUUUUUUUUGGAGCGGUCUUUGAGGGAUGGUAAAUUAACAUUUAAAUAAAAAACUGAGAGCAUAAAGGUUUCUUUGACUGGGUAACAGUGUUACCCGGGCUUGGAUGAGGAUGCAUGGCCCUUUCAGUUGAAACAAAAAAUGACUCGAGAGUUUAAAAUAAUUAUGAUAUGUUUAAAUGUAAUGGGGCAAUUUUCGUGGGCAUUUUUUUUCUGGGGUUAUAACAGCAUUGCAAAAUGGUUGCCGGCAAAAGAGAGCUUGUUCUGAAGGGAGUUGUGGUGGUGUUCAUUGUCAUCCUUUGCCUCUACAGAAGAUCAGCAUUUGAUGCUGCUGCUGUCAAAAAUAGAAACCAUCUUCCAAGCUUAGAUUCACUCAGGUGGAGAGUUGAUGUGGCUAUAUCCACUAGGUGAGCAUACAUUUGUGUCCACUUAGCCUAUUAAUAUUAUACUUCACAUUGCUUAUCAACCAAUUUAAAUAAUGAUAAACUUUUCCAGGCCUAAUAAACCUAACCAGUUCUUUUAAAAAAUAUAUAUCCUUACUUUAAUAUUGUAACUCCCCUUUGGGCUUUUCAGUCGCUAUUUUACAUGAACAACUAAAAAUUAAAUAUAAUGCAUAUCACACUAAAAUUAUUAUUGAGAAAGAAAAUUGUCCUUCAUUAAGUUUUUGAAAGCUCUGACUGAGGAUUAGGCUUUCAAUUUAAUUGUCAUCUAAGUUGUUCCAGAUGUUACCAGCUCAAAAAAUAAAUGUUUGCUGACCAGUAGCUGUUUUAAACUUCAGUUUUAGUUUGAGGAUAUCUUGCUUACCAAGCUAUGGUUGUUUAAAAACUUUUCUGCCAUAACUCGUCUCUCAGAUAUAAAAGCUGUUUGACAGGGAGCCAGUUGAACUCACACAAAAGUGGAGCACUUGACAUGAUCAUAUUUCCUGGAAUUCGUAACCAUUUUUCUUAGGUAAUAGUAACUUUGUGGGCGAGGUCAUUUGCCCUGAUCUUCUGCUCCACUUGCAGACGUCAUAAUAUAUAUAGACCUUAUUAUUUGGGUCAUAAGCAAUGCAUUAUAUAAAGGAAAGAAUAACCUCAGGCUUUGCUUGCUAGACAUCAUGACUAAGGGUGUUACUUGUAUUAUUUUUUUGUUUUUUAGUUCCCUCAGUAGAGUACUUGAACCUUCGGUUUUAAUGGAAAUGAAACUGAGUGAUGGAAAAAUCCACGCAUUUGAGGUAAGGCAUUGACUUGGUGAGAUUAACAUGUCAUUUGGAGGAAAAGCCUUGGUGAACUCAAGCUGCGGCUUUUCUUAUAAUCUUCAAUAUUCCAGCAAAUUCAAAAACUACCAGUCUUACAACCAGGAUUUAAGUUGACACUGUACUUGAGUGCUUAUUAUUCUCUGGGGACCAAUGCAAAGUGAAGAGAUGAGUGAAAAAAAAGGGGUUUUAGCCUCCCUAGCCAUGUCACUAUACCGGCAGAGUAGACUGUCUGACCUUUUCUUCUGGGUUGCCACCGUUCAGGCAUCUGGGACAAACUAACUGCCAAGGGAAAAUUCAAGCGUUUUUCGUGGAUGUAGAAAAAUGAAAAGCUAAGCAGGCUUAUUUAAAGUGUAUUGGUCAAGCAGCCUGGCUUUUUUCUUGACUGUGCCUUUGAAAUUGCUCCGCCUUGUUGUUUUCCACAUGGUUCGUACAAUCUUGAAAAGGUCUUGAAUUUUACUAGUGAUCUUGAAAAGUCCUUGAAUUCGGUUUAGGUCCUUGAAAAGUACUUAAUUUCUUUAUUAGGUCUUGAAAAGUCCUUGAAAUUCACUUGUCUACACUACACAACUUUUUUCUGCAAAAUCAGAUUAUUUUGCCAAGGAAAGUUUGGCUCAUCUGUAGUAUAAGAACCUGUAAGACUCAUGGAUAGAGUAACUUAGAUAUUUUUGUGCGUAAACAAUAUUGUAUUUCUGUUUCUUUCUUUCAAAUGCUAUCUCUGUGCCUCAGAUGCAAAAUUAUUGCAAGUCAUACCCAGUCAUUUUAGAAAGUCUUGUGCGGAAAGUAGUAUAAAAUAACGUGAUCAACGAAGGCUGAAGAAGUAAAAAUCGUAAAUUACUCCAUGACUUAUUUUAGCCAGUAAUAAUGGUGAUCAAAGGGGGUUAAAAAAUGCUGAUGUUCCAGACUAAUUUCAGCUUGUGGUGAGUUCUCUUUCAGCCAGUGAAAUUCACUAGCAGCCACCCCUUAGCUACAGUUCUGAGUAUUAUUGUCAUACUGUACCACCUAGUCAAAAUAAAUCUUUUAAUUACAGGUGUACUGAUCCUUGUUUUUAUAGGUGCCAUUAUCCAAAUUUCAUGAGCUAAGAUACAACGUGGCCUAUGUGUUAAAGGAGAUGGAAGAAGUUGAAAAGAAAAACAUACUGAAGAUUCAGGACUAA